ACUGACCUCUCUCCUCUGGGUGCCAUCCCAUACAGGAGGCCGUCUGUACUGUGGCAUGUUUGUUUAUGUAUGAAUCAGUGGACCCGGGCACUGGACGUUAUCUCACGCGGAGUUUGUGAGAAAUGCCUGUCGUGUCCGUUGGAGCGUCCUUGAUGACACGGCCGUUGGAUCGGUUAGUUGGUUCUCCUGUUUAUCUAUCUGGUGAUAGCAAGAUGGCCUUCAGGGAGAAGCUCCUAUAUAUACAAGAGCUCUCAGACAUCCCACAGAUAGAAGUCGGAAAGCCUCUGCAGCUGUCUCUGCUACUCGGCUGAACCUUUACAUCCCGGACGUAGGCUAACGUCUUGCUGAACUGCUUGUGUUCCCAGUUAUUUUUAAUACUUUAUUUUUCAAUUUAACGUGUCAGAAAUUCCUACAAAGCAAAAUGCUGCCCGCAACUUUUAAAUUGUGUGCUGGCAUCUCCUAUCGGCACAUGAGGAACAUGACAGGUCUUAGAAGAAAUGCCCUGGCAGCAAUCCAUCAUGAGCUGAACAGGCUGGCGGGUCCAGGCCCCAGCAACUGGAUCAGUCAAGUCCGCAGACGAAGCUCUCUCCUCAGCUCUCGGAUUCGGGAGGAGGAAGUGUACAACGAGGAAGAAAUGUCCUAUGUGAAGCAAGGAGAGGAUGCACUGCAGAAAGCCAUCAGCAUCCUCAGCGAACAGGACGGCUGGACGGUGGAAACUGUAGCUGCAAACGGAGACAAGGUUCUGAGCAAGGUCUUGCCAGACAUUGGGAAGGUGUUCAAACUGGAAGUGGUGAUGGAGCAACAUCCCGACAACCUGUACGAAGAGCUGGUGGAAAAAAUGGAGCAAAUGGGAGACUGGAACCCCAACGUCAAACAAGUCAAAAUUCUUCAAAAGAUCGGACAGGACACCAUGGUGACCCAUGAAGUGUCAGCAGAGACACCAGGCAACGUGGUGGGACCCAGGGACUUUGUGAGCGUCCGCUGUGCCAAACGUCGAGGCUCCACCUGCUUCCUAGCUGGAAUGUCCACUCAGCAUCCAAAAAUGCCAGAGCAGAAAGGUGUAAUCAGAGCCGAGAAUGGGCCUACCUGUAUAGUGAUGAGGCCUUGUGCUGAAGACCCAAGUAAGACUAAGUUCACCUGGCUGCUGAGUCUAGAUCUAAAGGGCUGGAUCCCAAAGACAAUCAUAAACAAAGUGCUCUCGCAGACGCAGGUGGACUUUGCCAGCCACCUCAGAAACAGGAUGGCGAAUAACGUUUCCAUGGAGAUGGCCCACGCCUGCUGACACACGAUGCCUCUUGAGCCAACAGAGAGAAACUUCUGCUCAUCAAAAAUCUCAUCUAAACCUGCUUAGAGUCACUGAAAAAGUAGCCACUCCAGUGAGUUUUAGCAAGAUCCUGGGAAGAUUGUGCUUUUCUGAAAUCUUGAGAGAGUCUCAGCACUUUUCAUUAAAAACAGAAUGAGUUAAACACAUAAUCACAACGCUAUCGUUGAUAAGCCUACAAAAUUUCAAAAACUAUAUUUUAUUCUACAUAU